GAAGGAGCACGACUCGGAUGCCAGGGCGCAGGCGAUAUGGCGAAGUACGCUUAUGCGUACAUCUUCUCGUCCAGUGGACAUGGUCUUCAGUAUUAUGGGACUUUUUGGCGUCAGCCUCAAUGUGCGUCAAUUCAAGAAGAAUGAUCGUCUUAAAGCCACAAUUGCGUUGUCUCAAGAGAUCCUCUGUAAAGGUGGAAGAGCCAACUGGCUCGGAGCGUCGCUACGUCUCCCGCCAUGCAGACAGCUCUCUUCGUUUCCACAGCUUCCGCAGACGAGCGUCGAUGCAAUUCCGCGUAUCCCAACAGAGGAUGGUUUACGGGACGUGGCCGAAGUUAUCGAGCAUUCGAAUUAUAACUGGUGGCUCAAUGGGUUACCUACAGGGAAGAUGGACGACGAAGGGUAUCUCUUGUUUGCAGCGAAAGCGAUCGCUUUUAGACCGACACGAUAUCGUCGAGACCUCAUAUCCAAGGCCAUCUUGGCAUCAGAAGAUGGUCUCGGACGGCUUCUUAUGAAGGACGUAGAUCUGAAGGUCUGGGAAAUUGUGGAUGAUGAAAGUAGGUCUGGCAGUUGGAAUACGAUGUGUCAGAAUCUCGAUGAAGCACUCCGGAAUUCGGUCCUCCAUCCUCGACUCCCUAAAAAUCAUGAGAUGGCAGAACAGCCUUUCACAAGCCAUUCGCGUGUCUAUGCAGUAUCUGUGGGAAAAACAGAGCAAUAUACCAGCAGUAUACCCUCCCUUGGCCUAGACUUGGCCAAUAAGACUUUAAGAGCCGUCGUAAUCGAAGAGCAUUCUCCGGGAAAGUUUCACCGGGCUUCAUACUUUGAAAUAGACGACGAGUUUCAAUCUUUCGUCGAUGCUUGGCCUGAACGAGAGAUUUGUAUUGGUGGUCCUACCUCCCCGGCGAUCAGAGACCCGGGCCUCGGCCUCGGCCUGGCUGCCUAUGAACCAACCCAUGCUACACCUUUUAUGGUGGAAGUGAUGAACAUAGGCUACGAACCUCCAAACGUAACCAUUGAAGGAUCUGAUGGGCCUACUAUAUAUAUUGGAGGGUCUGCCCAGCCAAGGAGAGAAGAGCGUAAGUCUGAUUACCCCAAACCUACUCAGCAUGUUAGUUAACCGUAUGCAGCCUUCGACGCAGCAGUGAAUUCUCCAGAAAUACUUGUCCAAAAACAUGAAAGCUGCAUGACGAUGUUAAUCAGGAGUGUAUUGCAGUUUUUACAUAUUAGAUCCAUGUCCACCACAACUUACCAUUAAAUAAUGCAGCGUUCAACACUCUGGGGAUUCCCACUGCACCUGUUAUAUGAGUACGGUCGUAAAACCUACAUGCAGAUGAUGG